AUGGCUUUGGUUCAGAGGUUUGGUAAACCAGAUAUUUUUAUUACGAUGACUUGUAAUCCGGAUUGGAAAGAAAUAAAAGACGAACUUCUAAUGGGACAAGUUGCUCAAGACAGACCUGAUUUAACAUCGCGUGUAUUCCGUUCAAAACUUGAAGACCUAAAAGAUCAACUAUUCAAAAAGAAUGUCUUUGGAAGAGUUGGAGCGCAUGCGUACGUGAUUGAAUUUCAAAAAAGAGGACUUCCACAUGCUCAUAUCUUGGUUAUAUUGAAAGAAGAUUGCAAAAACUUAAUUCCUGACCAGUUCAAUAAAUAUAUUUCAGUAGAAAUCCCAGAUGUGUCUACUCAUCCAAGACUUCAUGAAAUGGUUGUCAAACAUAUGAUGCAUGGUCCCUAUGGGAAACAUCGCAUGGACAGCCCUUGCAUGGUUAAUCAAGAAUAG